GAAAUAUCAUUACUGAUAUAUAGUUGUUUGGAUCCGAUCAAAAAAAAAUAGCUACACAUUUCAAGUCCGAUUUUAACUAUGACUGAACAAGAUAUCCUUUCGAAACCAAAGCGCAUGCCCCCGUGGAUGUCAACACCGGGAGCUCCGUUACGACCUGAUAAUGCGUUAUUUGGUACUAAGUUGGCUGAAUUGGUCGCUAAAAAGAGAAAUUUAUAUGACGAGCUUAACGAAUUGCAAAAAUCCAUAGAGGAUAGCAAAAAGGGUGAUGAGGAUGAAGAGGGGAAACUCCUUCGGCAGAGAUUGUCAGAUAUCGAUGAAGACCUGCGUGUUCAAAACUCUCUCCGUAUUGGGAAGAACACAGAAAUAUCGAAGCUGAGGCAACAGUCCCGCGACGCUAACAGGGAGCUAAAGGCCCUUCAGGCAGACCUUGGAGGGCUUUCAAAUGCCAAGGAGAUUGAUCUAGCAAUUGAACAAGUGAUGCACAAGAUGGAAACGAGCGGGGGAGGCCUUCAGGCUGAGAGGAAGGCACUUAAGCGUUUACAACAAUUGGAGGAUGCCAAAGGGCUCUUCUUUAAAGUGCAAACCCUUACUGAGACGAUACGAGACACCGAGGAGCGCGAGGCAUUACUGCAUCAAGAAUAUCGUGAAAUUCACCAGCGUAUUGGCACGCUCAACAGGGAACUUGAUACGAACCUCCAAGUGAAGCGCGAGAAAAACAAAGAGGCACAAGUGACCGGUGCGGCCCGCAGUGAGAUAUACAAAAAGUGCCUCGAGAUUCGCACCUGCAUCAAGACCAUUAACGAGGAAAUGAACCAGCUUCGGGCCGAGCAUACCAAGGUCAGUGACAUCUGGAAUGCUUGGUGCAAUGAGACUCGUGAGAAAUACAACGCCAAGCUUCAGGCGGAGUUCGAGGAGCGCAAACGCCGCCAGCAAGAACGAAUCGAUGCCGCAAAAAAUCGAAGGAAGGAAUCCCUUAUAAGGAAACGGCAGCAUGAGCACGAGAUAGAGAUCAGCACGUGUGAUACCCUAAUACAAUAUCUUCACGAGAAGAAGCGCAUCAUACGCGAGGAGGAGGAGGAGGAGGCCAAAAGGAAUGCCGCAGCGGACUUUGAUCCCGCAAAGGCCGCUCCUCAGGGCUUUACAGUGCUGAAUGAGAGCAAGUGGGCUUCUCAUACGUCACUGAGCCGAGCCGACAAGAAGCAACAGAAGCGUCAACAAAAAAGUGAUAAAACAAAUAAACUAGCAGAUAAGAAACAUGUGCACCAUCCGAAGGAAAUGGUGGAGCUUUUCCACAAGAUCGUACUCGAGCCACCACUUUCUCUGGACAACUUCGAUGAUUGUCUAUCUAAAAUCAAGGCGAGGAAGAUAGAAUAUGAGUCUAUUAUUCCAUCAGAGGGUGAUCUAUCAAGUGAAGACAAUGAAACUGAAGCUAAUGAGGAGCACCAACAGAAACAGCAGGGAUGCAGUAAUCAAGAUUAUAAAGUUGAAGGAAAGGAGACGCCUAAAGAAAAGUGUGAGACCUCUACCUAA